AUGUUGUUAAAUUUUGUCAAAGGGAGCACUUCUUAUGAAAGUAUUAGAACAAUAAAUGGGGUGACAUAUCCUAAUUUUAAAGGCGCAUGCUAUGCUUUGGGAUUGUUAGACGAUGAUAAAGAGUGGAUAGAUUGCUUGACUGAAGCUGCAAUAUGGGCAACUGGAAAAGAAUUAAGACAUCUUUUCGUCACGAUACUUAUUCACUGUCAGGUUUCUGAUGCAUCACAACUUUGGAAAUCUAUUUAUAUUGCAUUGUCAGAAGACAUAACUUCAUUGCAAAGGAAGAGAUUUAGAAUGAAUGAUCUUAAGUUAACUGAACAACAAGUUGAAGCAUACACAUUGUUCGAGAUUGAAAGUAUCAUGCUGAAGAUGGGAAAAAGUUUGAAAGAUAUAGAUGCAAUGCCCAUGCCUAAUCCAUCUUUGAUAAGAGACUCGGGUAAUAGAUUGGUUAAUGAAGAGCUUGAUUAUGACCGAGAUCAAUUAAAGAUAUUGCAUGAGAAAUCAUUUGCUGCUCUAAAUCCUUGCCAAAAAUUAGCUUAUAAAGCAAUAGUACAUUCAGUAGAGAAUGAACAAGUCUUGCCUGUAGCAACUUCAGGCAUAACUGCUUUGUUAUUGCCUAAUGGUAGGACAGCUCAUUCACGAUUUCAUAUUCCCUUGAAUGUUACAGCAGAGUCGACUUGUGAAAUUCGACAAGGCACCCUACUAGCUGGACUUCUUGUGAAAACUUCUUUGAUCAUUUGGGAUGAAGCACCUAUGGCAAAUAAGUUAUGCUUUGAAGCUUUGGAUAAGACCUUAAGAGAUAUUCUAAGAACAAGGUUUGAAAAUAGCUCUAACAAACCUUUUGGAGAACUUACAAUAGUGUGUGGUGGUGAUUUCCGACAAAUAUUACCAGUUGUCCCAAAAGGUACAAGAGCUGAUAUUGUUGAUGCUAAUCUUAACUCAUCAUAUUUGUGGCCAUUUUUCAAAAUAUAUGAGCUCAACCAAAAUAUGAGGCUAUAUAAUGGAAGCUUGACUGGUUUUGAGGCUGCCAAAAUAGCUUCUUUUGACAAAUGGAUGUUGCAGAUUGGAGAUGGUUCAUUAUAUGAUGACAUUGAUAGACAAUUAAUUAAGCUUCCUUCUGAUAUCGCCAUAAAUCCAUCUCAAGAUCCAAUGAAAUCCAUAAUUAAAGUUAUCUACCCAUCACUUUUACAAAAGUACAAUGAUCCUACAUAUUUGACAGAAAGAGAAAUAUUAACACCAAAAAAUGAAAUGGUCUAUGAACUAAAUGACAAGAUUAUGAAUAUUAUACCAGGUGAAGGGAGAACAUAUUUUAGCUCAGACAGUAUAUGCAAAGCAAGUGUAAAGACAAAUGAUGAAGAUCUUUUGUAUCCAGCUGAAUGUUUGCAUGGUUUGAAAUUUAAUGGCAUCCCUAAUCAUGAGAUGCGACUUAAGGAAGGUGCUCCUGUAAUGCUCCUUAGAAAUCUAAAUCAAACAGAAGGCCUAUGCAAUGGCACAAGAUUGAUUAUCAGGCAUCUUGGUAAAUGGUCCAUUAGAAGCGACAUCAUUUCUGGAACAAAUAUUGGUGAAAAUGUCACAAUUCCAAGAAUUAUCAUGUCUCCCAAUGAAUCAAGAUGGCCAUUCAAGCUUAAUAGACGACAACUUCCCUUGGCACCAUGUUUUGCCAUGACAAUCAACAAAAUCCAAGGACAAUCUCAUAAACAUGUUGGCUUGUACCUCCCUAAGCAAGUAUUCACCCACGAUCAAUUAUAUGUUGCUGUGUCCCGAGUUACCACAAGAGAAGGAUUAAUCAUACUAAAUGCUGAUGAUGAGGUGGGAGACCCAACCUUAAUAAAAAAUAUUGUUUACAAAGAAGUAUUUCAAAAUACCCACUCAUAG